UGAGCCAUGUUUACUCCACAACACCUCCGGAAAGACAAAGAGCAAAUGCUGCCGUUUUGCUCAACUUCUUGAAGGAUUCUGCCGGAGAAUUCAACACACCAGCUUGCAGGAAAGGAAUUCAGAACGAUGCAGAAUUUCUUGAGAAAAACCUGGGCUCAUUUGUAGAGCAGGCUACCUUCACAGACCUGAAAGCUUUCAACGUCUCCAUCAUGGAAGUUCUGGACCGUCUCACACCGCAGCAAAAGGCUGAGUUACUUGUGGAUCCAGACACUGGUGCUUUGGAGAAUGAGACCUUCAUAAAGGUGGUGUGCAACACGUUCUUGGAUUCCUCAGACACUGACCCGCUCAGUCAGUUCAUCCAGGCCUUUUUCAGACAAAUCCCCAGGAACGCUGACUGUCCAUCAUACACUGCCAUAGUCAAUGGUCUUCAGCAGUGCUUCAAAUUGAACCUUCCAGAGAGUGUGAAAUCAAGCAUAGGAAGCCUCCAAAUGAAAUUCCUACGUUGUCGCAUUACAGGUUCUCUGAGGUGCAACAACACAGCAGUUAACGUGAGUCAUAUCUGUGCUGACGUCAGCGGGUCACAACAAAUCCAAUCUGGUGGCAACUUGACAGAAGCCCUGUGCAAUAUUUCCAUCACUGCACACGCCUGUUCCUCAGCUACACAUCUCACACCCAGCAACGUUGCGACACUGUUGAACUGUUCGCUGCAAAGCCAAAUGACAUACUCCCCAGAGGUCUGGAAGCUUUUCAUCCGAGAAGCUUCUCCUGUGCUGGAUGAGGCUCUUACCAUGUACUCUGCUAUGGCUCCCAACACCAGCAGUCAGUCCUUGACCCCCAUUCUUGAGGCUGUUGGAGAGGUGAUAAUUGCCAACUUCAGCCAGAUGCAAGUGCAAGAUGAUGCCUUUGUCAAGAGAUGGUUUGAGACAAACCUUCAUCCAUUUUUGGCUGCUUCAUCACCCAACUUCCUGUUUUGUCUCAGCUCGACAAACUUCAGCUGCCAAACGUACCACACUGUCAUCCGGGCAUUCAGCAGAGUCCAACCAUCCAUGAAGAGAGAGACACAGAAAUCAGUCUUGACUCAUUUCAUCCAGCCGUUCCUUGUGAAAAAUGACUCAUCAGAUCCUGGCUGUGUCUCAGCCAGCAGUGGUACUAAAGAGUGGCUCCAGGAUAACUUUGGUAGCUUCUCUGAAUUUGCAGAUCUGCAGGAUUUGCAAACCCUCAAUCCCAAUUUUUCUGUUACUGACUCCAUUUCACAGCUCCGUCCUUCUCAGUUGGCACAAGUUCUACAGAGCUCAGGGAACAUCAAUAAUACAGACACAGUCAGGCUCGUAUUUGACCGGCUCGAGCAGGCCGAUGGCUUUGAAAAUGUGGAGGUUUUGCUCACUGAACUCACAGACAAUGCACCGAAUAUUGUGAUUGAGUCCAGUGCAAGAGAUCUCGCAAUGAAUCGGACCUUUGACCUCAUCGCGCCCCGUCUUCCAAGCUUCAGUGAAAAUGAGUGGAACCGGUGGUUCCUCGAUUUGCUAAGACCUUGUCUGGCAAGCUUCAACCCGUUGAUGCUCAUGAAUGUAACGUCGUUCAUAAACUGCACAAACUAUCGUGCUGUUGUGAAGGGGCUGAGCCAUGUUUACUCCACAACACCUCCGGAAAGACAAAGAGCAAAUGCUGCAGUUUUGCUCAACUUCUUGAAGGAUUCUGCUAGUGAAUUCAACACACCAGCUUGCAGGAAAGGAAUUCAGAACGAUGCAGAAUUUCUUGAGAAAAACCUGGGCUCAUUUGUAGAGCAGGCUACCUUCACAGACCUGGAAGCUUUCAACAUCUCCAUCACUGGUGCCAUUUCACAGCUCCGUCCUUCUCAGUUGGCACAAGUUCUACAGAGCUCAGGGAACAUCAAUAAUACAGACACAGUCAGGCUCGUAUUUGACCGGCUCGAGCAGGGCGAUGGCUUUGAAAAUGUGGAGGUUUUGCUCACUGAACUCACAAAAAAUGCACCGAAUAUUGUGAUUGAAUCCAGUGCAAGAGAUCUCGCAAUGAAUCGGACCUUUGACCUCAUCGCGCCCCGUCUUCCAAGCUUCAGUGAAAAUGAGUGGAACCUGUGGUUCCUCGAUUUGCUAAGACCUUGUCUGGCAAGCUUCAACCCGUUGAUGCUCAUGAAUGUAACGUCGUUCAUAAACUGCACAAACUAUCGUGCUGUUGUGAAGGGGCUGAGCCAUGUUUACUCCACAACACCUCCGGAAAGACAAAGAGCAAAUGCUGCAGUUUUGCUCAACUUCUUGAAGGAUUCUGCCGGUGAAUUCAACACACCAGCUUGCAGGAAAGGAAUUCAGAACGAUGCAGAAUUUCUUGAGAAAAACCUGGGCUCAUUUGUAGAGCAGGCUACCUUCACAGACCUGGAAGCUUUCAACAUCUCCAUCACUGGUGCCAUUUCACAGCUCCGUCCUUCUCAGUUGGCACAAGUUCUACAGAGCUCAGGGAACAUCAAUAAUACAGACACAGUCAGGCUCGUAUUUGACCGGCUCGAGCAGGGCAAUGGCUUUGAAAAUGUGGAGGUUUUGCUCACUGAACUCACAAAAAAUGCACCGAAUAUUGUGAUUGAAUCCAGUGCAAGAGAUCUCGCAAUGAAUCGGACCUUUGACCUCAUCGCGCCCCGUCUGCCAAGCUUCAGUGAAAAUGAGUGGAACCUGUGGUUCCUCGAUUUGCUAAGACCUUGUCUGGCAAGCUUCAACCCGUUGAUGCUCAUGAAUGUAACAUCAUUCAUAAACUGCACAAACUAUCGUGCUGUUGUGAAGGGGCUGAGCCAUGUUUACUCCACAACACCUCCGGAAAGACAAAGAGCAAAUGCUGCAGUUUUGCUCAACUUCUUGAAGGAUUCUGCCGGUGAAUUCAACACACCAGCUUGCAGGAAAGGAAUUCAGAACGAUGCAGAAUUUCUUGAGAAAAACCUGGGCUCAUUUGUAGAGCAGGCUACCUUCACAGACCUGGAAGCUUUCAACAUCUCCAUCACUGGUGCCAUUUCACAGCUCCGUCCUUCUCAGUUGGCACAAGUUCUACAGAGCUCAGGGAACAUCAAUAAUACAGACACAGUCAGGCUCGUAUUUGACCGGCUCGAGCAGGGCAAUGGCUUUGAAAAUGUGGAGGUUUUGCUCACUGAACUCACAAAAAAUGCACCGAAUAUUGUGAUUGAAUCCAGUGCAAGAGAUCUCGCAAUGAAUCGGACCUUUGACCUCAUCGCGCCCCGUCUUCCAAGCUUCAGUGAAAAUGAGUGGAACCGGUGGUUCCUCGAUUUGCUAAGACCUUGUCUGGCAAGCUUCAACCCGUUGAUGCUCAUGAAUGUAACGUCGUUCAUAAACUGCACAAACUAUCGUGCUGUUGUGAGGGGGCUGAGCCAUGUUUACUCCACAACACCUCCGGAAAGACAAAGAGCAAAUGCUGCCGUUUUGCUCAACUUCUUGAAGGAUUCUGCCGGAGAAUUCAACACACCAGCUUGCAGGAAAGGAAUUCAGAACGAUGCAGAAUUUCUUGAGAAAAACCUGGGCUCAUUUGUAGAGCAGGCUACCUUCACAGACCUGAAAGCUUUCAACGUCUCCAUCACUGACUCCAUUUCACAGCUCCGUCCUUCUCAGUUGGCACAAGUUCUACAGAGCUCAGGGAACAUCAAUAAUACAGACACAGUCAGGCUCGUAUUUGACCGGCUCGAGCAGGCCGAUGGCUUUGAAAAUGUGGAGGUUUUGCUCACUGAACUCACAGACAAUGCACCGAAUAUUGUGAUUGAGUCCAGUGCAAGAGAUCUCGCAAUGAAUCGGACCUUUGACCUCAUCGCGCCCCGUCUUCCAAGCUUCAGUGAAAAUGAGUGGAACCGGUGGUUCCUCGAUUUGCUAAGACCUUGUCUGGCAAGCUUCAACCCGUUGAUGCUCAUGAAUGUAACGUCGUUCAUAAACUGCACAAACUAUCGUGCUGUUGUGAAGGGGCUGAGCCAUGUUUACUCCACAACACCUCCGGAAAGACAAAGAGCAAAUGCUGCAGUUUUGCUCAACUUCUUGAAGGAUUCUGCCGGUGAAUUCAACACACCAGCUUGCAGGAAAGGAAUUCAGAACGAUGCAGAAUUUCUUGAGAAAAACCUGGGCUCAUUUGUAGAGCAGGCUACCUUCACAGACCUGGAAGCUUUCAACAUCUCCAUCACUGGUGCCAUUUCACAGCUCCGUCCUUCUCAGUUGGCACAAGUUCUACAGAGCUCAGGGAACAUCAAUAAUACAGACACAGUCAGGCUCGUAUUUGACCGGCUCGAGCAGGGCAAUGGCUUUGAAAAUGUGGAGGUUUUGCUCACUGAACUCACAAAAAAUGCACCGAAUAUUGUGAUUGAAUCCAGUGCAAGAGAUCUCGCAAUGAAUCGGACCUUUGACCUCAUCGCGCCCCGUCUGCCAAGCUUCAGUGAAAAUGAGUGGAACCGGUGGUUCCUCGAUUUGCUAAGACCUUGUCUGGCAAGCUUCAACCCGUUGAUGCUCAUGAAUGUAACAUCGUUCAUAAACUGCACAAACUAUCGUGCUGUUGUGAAGGGGCUGAGCCAUGUUUACUCCACAACACCUCCGGAAAGACAAAGAGCAAAUGCUGCAGUUUUGCUCAACUUCUUGAAGGAUUCUGCCAGUGAAUUCAACACACCAGCUUGCAGGAAAGGAAUUCAGAACGAUGCAGAAUUUCUUGAGAAAAACCUGGGCUCAUUUGUAGAGCAGGCUACCUUCACAGACCUGGAAGCUUUCAACAUCUCCAUCACUGGUGCCAUUUCACAGCUCCGUCCUUCUCAGUUGGCACAAGUUCUACAGAGCUCAGGGAACAUCAAUAAUACAGACACAGUCAGGCUCGUAUUUGACCGGCUCGAGCAGGGCAAUGGCUUUGAAAAUGUGGAGGUUUUGCUCACUGAACUCACAAAAAAUGCACCGAAUAUUGUGAUUGAAUCCAGUGCAAGAGAUCUCGCAAUGAAUCGGACCUUUGACCUCAUCGUGCCCCGUCUUCCAAGCUUCAGUGAAAAUGAGUGGAACCGGUGGUUCCUCGAUUUGCUAAGACCUUGUCUGGCAAGCUUCAACCCGUUGAUGCUCAUGAAUGUAACAUCGUUCAUAAACUGCACAAACUAUCGUGCUGUUGUGAAGGGGCUGAGCCAUGUUUACUCCACAACACCUCCGGAAAGACAAAGAGCAAAUGCUGCAGUUUUGCUCAACUUCUUGAAGGAUUCUGCCAGUGAAUUCAACACACCAGCUUGCAGGAAAGGAAUUCAGAACGAUGCAGAAUUUCUUGAGAAAAACCUGGGCUCAUUUGUAGAGCAGGCUACCUUCACAGACCUGGAAGCUUUCAACAUCUCCAUCACUGGUGCCAUUUCACAGCUCCGUCCUUCUCAGUUGGCACAAGUUCUACAGAGCUCAGGGAACAUCAAUAAUACAGACACAGUCAGGCUCGUAUUUGACCGGCUCGAGCAGGGCAAUGGCUUUGAAAAUGUGGAGGUUUUGCUCACUGAACUCACAAAAAAUGCACCGAAUAUUGUGAUUGAAUCCAGUGCAAGAGAUCUCGCAAUGAAUCGGACCUUUGACCUCAUCGUGCCCCGUCUUCCAAGCUUCAGUGAAAAUGAGUGGAACCGGUGGUUCCUCGAUUUGCUAAGACCUUGUCUGGCAAGCUUCAACCCGUUGAUGCUCAUGAAUGUAACGUCGUUCAUAAACUGCACAAACUAUCGUGCUGUUGUGAGGGGGCUGAGCCAUGUUUACUCCACAACACCUCCGGAAAGACAAAGAGCAAAUGCUGCCGUUUUGCUCAACUUCUUGAAGGAUUCUGCCGGAGAAUUCAACACACCAGCUUGCAGGAAAGGAAUUCAGAACGAUGCAGAAUUUCUUGAGAAAAACCUGGGCUCAUUUGUAGAGCAGGCUACCUUCACAGACCUGGAAGCUUUCAACAUCUCCAUCACUGGUGCCAUUUCACAGCUCCGUCCUUCUCAGUUGGCACAAGUUCUACAGAGCUCAGGGAACAUCAAUAAUACAGACACAGUCAGGCUCGUAUUUGACCGGCUCGAGCAGGGCAAUGGCUUUGAAAAUGUGGAGGUUUUGCUCACUGAACUCACAAAAAAUGCACCGAAUAUUGUGAUUGAAUCCAGUGCAAGAGAUCUCGCAAUGAAUCGGACCUUUGACCUCAUCGCGCCCCGUCUGCCAAGCUUCAGUGAAAAUGAGUGGAACCGGUGGUUCCUCGAUUUGCUAAGACCUUGUCUGGCAAGCUUCAACCCGUUGAUGCUCAUGAAUGUAACAUCGUUCAUAAACUGCACAAACUAUCGUGCUGUUGUGAAGGGGCUGAGCCAUGUUUACUCCACAACACCUCCGGAAAGACAAAGAGCAAAUGCUGCAGUUUUGCUCAACUUCUUGAAGGAUUCUGCCGGUGAAUUCAACACACCAGCUUGCAGGAAAGGAAUUCAGAACGAUGCAGAAUUUCUUGAGAAAAACCUGGGCUCAUUUGUAGAGCAGGCUACCUUCACAGACCUGGAAGCUUUCAACAUCUCCAUCACUGGUGCCAUUUCACAGCUCCGUCCUUCUCAGUUGGCACAAGUUCUACAGAGCUCAGGGAACAUCAAUAAUACAGACACAGUCAGGCUCGUAUUUGACCGGCUCGAGCAGGGCAAUGGCUUUGAAAAUGUGGAGGUUUUGCUCACUGAACUCACAAAAAAUGCACCGAAUAUUGUGAUUGAAUCCAGUGCAAGAGAUCUCGCAAUGAAUCGGACCUUUGACCUCAUCGCGCCCCGUCUUCCAAGCUUCAGUGAAAAUGAGUGGAACCGGUGGUUCCUCGAUUUGCUAAGACCUUGUCUGGCAAGCUUCAACCCGUUGAUGCUCAUGAAUGUAACGUCGUUCAUAAACUGCACAAACUAUCGUGCUGUUGUGAGGGGGCUGAGCCAUGUUUACUCCACAACACCUCCGGAAAGACAAAGAGCAAAUGCUGCCGUUUUGCUCAACUUCUUGAAGGAUUCUGCCGGAGAAUUCAACACACCAGCUUGCAGGAAAGGAAUUCAGAACGAUGCAGAAUUUCUUGAGAAAAACCUGGGCUCAUUUGUAGAGCAGGCUACCUUCACAGACCUGAAAGCUUUCAACGUCUCCAUCAUGGAAGUUCUGGACCGUCUCACACCGCAGCAAAAGGCUGAGUUACUUGUGGAUCCAGACACUGGUGCUUUGGAGAAUGAGACCUUCAUAAAGGUGGUGUGCAACACGUUCUUGGAUUCCUCAGACACUGACCCGCUCAGUCAGUUCAUCCAGGCCUUUUUCAGACAAAUCCCCAGGAACGCUGACUGUCCAUCAUACACUGCCAUAGUCAAUGGUCUUCAGCAGUGCUUCAAAUUGAAUCUUCCAGAGAGUGUGAAAUCAAGCAUAGGAAGCCUCCAAAUGAAAUUCCUACGUUGUCGCAUUACAGGUUCUCUGAGGUGCAACAACACAGCAGUUAACGUGAGUCAUAUCUGUGCUGACGUCAGCGGGUCACAACAAAUCCAAUCUGGUGGCAACUUGACAGAAGCCCUGUGCAAUAUUUCCAUCACUGCACACGCCUGUUCCUCAGCUACACAUCUCACACCCAGCAACGUUGCGACACUGUUGAACUGUUCGCUGCAAAGCCAAAUGACAUACUCCCCAGAGGUCUGGAAGCUUUUCAUCCGAGAAGCUUCUUCUGUGCUGGAUGAGGCUCUUACCAUGUACUCUGCUAUGGCUCCCAACACCAGCAGUCAGUCCUUGACCCCCAUUCUUGAGGCUGUUGGAGAGGUGAUAAUUGCCAACUUCAGCCAGAUGCAAGUGCAAGAUGAUGCCUUUGUCAAGAGAUGGUUUGAGACAAACCUUCAUCCAUUUUUGGCUGCUUCAUCACCCAACUUCCUGUUUUGUCUCAGCUCGACAAACUUCAGCUGCCAAACGUACCACACUGUCAUCCGGGCAUUCAGCAGAGUCCAACCAUCCAUGAAGAGAGAGACACAGAAAUCAGUCUUGACUCAUUUCAUCCAGCCGUUCCUUGUGAAAAAUGACUCAUCAGAUCCUGGCUGUGUCUCAGCCAGCAGUGGUACUAAAGAGUGGCUCCAGGAUAACUUUGGUAGCUUCUCUGAAUUUGCAGAACUGCAGGAUUUGCAAACCCUCAAUCCCAAUUUUUCUGUUACUGACUCCAUUUCACAGCUCCGUCCUUCUCAGUUGGCACAAGUUCUACAGAGCUCAGGGAACAUCAAUAAUACAGACACAGUCAGGCUCGUAUUUGACCGGCUCGAGCAGGCCGAUGGCUUUGAAAAUGUGGAGGUUUUGCUCACUGAACUCACAGACAAUGCACCGAAUAUUGUGAUUGAGUCCAGUGCAAGAGAUCUCGCAAUGAAUCGGACCUUUGACCUCAUCGCGCCCCGUCUUCCAAGCUUCAGUGAAAAUGAGUGGAACCGGUGGUUCCUCGAUUUGCUAAGACCUUGUCUGGCAAGCUUCAACCCGUUGAUGCUCAUGAAUGUAACGUCGUUCAUAAACUGCACAAACUAUCGUGCUGUUGUGAAGGGGCUGAGCCAUGUUUACUCCACAACACCUCCGGAAAGACAAAGAGCAAAUGCUGCAGUUUUGCUCAACUUCUUGAAGGAUUCUGCCGGUGAAUUCAACACACCAGCUUGCAGGAAAGGAAUUCAGAACGAUGCAGAAUUUCUUGAGAAAAACCUGGGCUCAUUUGUAGAGCAGGCUACCUUCACAGACCUGGAAGCUUUCAACAUCUCCAUCACUGGUGCCAUUUCACAGCUCCGUCCUUCUCAGUUGGCACAAGUUCUACAGAGCUCAGGGAACAUCAAUAAUACAGACACAGUCAGGCUCGUAUUUGACCGGCUCGAGCAGGGCAAUGGCUUUGAAAAUGUGGAGGUUUUGCUCACUGAACUCACAAAAAAUGCACCGAAUAUUGUGAUUGAAUCCAGUGCAAGAGAUCUCGCAAUGAAUCGGACCUUUGACCUCAUCGCGCCCCGUCUGCCAAGCUUCAGUGAAAAUGAGUGGAACCGGUGGUUCCUCGAUUUGCUAAGACCUUGUCUGGCAAGCUUCAACCCGUUGAUGCUCAUGAAUGUAACAUCGUUCAUAAACUGCACAAACUAUCGUGCUGUUGUGAAGGGGCUGAGCCAUGUUUACUCCACAACACCUCCGGAAAGACAAAGAGCAAAUGCUGCAGUUUUGCUCAACUUCUUGAAGGAUUCUGCCAGUGAAUUCAACACACCAGCUUGCAGGAAAGGAAUUCAGAACGAUGCAGAAUUUCUUGAGAAAAACCUGGGCUCAUUUGUAGAGCAGGCUACCUUCACAGACCUGGAAGCUUUCAACAUCUCCAUCACUGGUGCCAUUUCACAGCUCCGUCCUUCUCAGUUGGCACAAGUUCUACAGAGCUCAGGGAACAUCAAUAAUACAGACACAGUCAGGCUCGUAUUUGACCGGCUCGAGCAGGGCGAUGGCUUUGAAAAUGUGGAGGUUUUGCUCACUGAACUCACAAAAAAUGCACCGAAUAUUGUGAUUGAAUCCAGUGCAAGAGAUCUCGCAAUGAAUCGGACCUUUGACCUCAUCGCGCCCCGUCUUCCAAGCUUCAGUGAAAAUGAGUGGAACCGGUGGUUCCUCGAUUUGCUAAGACCUUGUCUGGCAAGCUUCAACCCGUUGAUGCUCAUGAAUGUAACGUUGUUCAUAAACUGCACAAACUAUCGUGCUGUUGUGAAGGGGCUGAGCCAUGUUUACUCCACAACACCUCCGGAAAGACAAAGAGCAAAUGCUGCAGUUUUGCUCAACUUCUUGAAGGAUUCUGCCGGUGAAUUCAACACACCAGCUUGCAGGAAAGGAAUUCAGAACGAUGCAGAAUUUCUUGAGAAAAACCUGGGCUCAUUUGUAGAGCAGGCUACCUUCACAGACCUGGAAGCUUUCAACAUCUCCAUCACUGGUGCCAUUUCACAGCUCCGUCCUUCUCAGUUGGCACAAGUUCUACAGAGCUCAGGGAACAUCAAUAAUACAGACACAGUCAGGCUUGUAUUUGACCGGCUCGAGCAGGGCAAUGGCUUUGAAAAUGUGGAGGUUUUGCUCACUGAACUCACAAAAAAUGCACCGAAUAUUGUGAUUGAAUCCAGUGCAAGAGAUCUCGCAAUGAAUCGGACCUUUGACCUCAUCGCGCCCCGUCUUCCAAGCUUCAGUGAAAAUGAGUGGAACCGGUGGUUCCUCGAUUUGCUAAGACCUUGUCUGGCAAGCUUCAACCCGUUGAUGCUCAUGAAUGUAACGUCGUUCAUAAACUGCACAAACUAUCGUGCUGUUGUGAAGGGGCUGAGCCAUGUUUACUCCACAACACCUCCGGAAAGACAAAGAGCAAAUGCUGCAGUUUUGCUCAACUUCUUGAAGGAUUCUGCCGGUGAAUUCAACACACCAGCUUGCAGGAAAGGAAUUCAGAACGAUGCAGAAUUUCUUGAGAAAAACCUGGGCUCAUUUGUAGAGCAGGCUACCUUCACAGACCUGGAAGCUUUCAACAUCUCCAUCACUGGUGCCAUUUCACAGCUCCGUCCUUCUCAGUUGGCACAAGUUCUACAGAGCUCAGGGAACAUCAAUAAUACAGACACAGUCAGGCUCGUAUUUGACCGGCUCGAGCAGGGCAAUGGCUUUGAAAAUGUGGAGGUUUUGCUCACUGAACUCACAAAAAAUGCACCGAAUAUUGUGAUUGAAUCCAGUGCAAGAGAUCUCGCAAUGAAUCGGACCUUUGACCUCAUCGUGCCCCGUCUUCCAAGCUUCAGUGAAAAUGAGUGGAACCGGUGGUUCCUCGAUUUGCUAAGACCUUGUCUGGCAAGCUUCAACCCGUUGAUGCUCAUGAAUGUAACGUCGUUCAUAAACUGCACAAACUAUCGUGCUGUUGUGAAGGGGCUGAGCCAUGUUUACUCCACAACACCUCCGGAAAGACAAAGAGCAAAUGCUGCAGUUUUGCUCAACUUCUUGAAGGAUUCUGCCAGUGAAUUCAACACACCAGCUUGCAGGAAAGGAAUUCAGAACGAUGCAGAAUUUCUUGAGAAAAACCUGGGCUCAUUUGUAGAGCAGGCUACCUUCACAGACCUGGAAGCUUUCAACAUCUCCAUCACUGGUGCCAUUUCACAGCUCCGUCCUUCUCAGUUGGCACAAGUUCUACAGAGCUCAGGGAACAUCAAUAAUACAGACACAGUCAGGCUUGUAUUUGACCGGCUCGAGCAGGGCAAUGGCUUUGAAAAUGUGGAGGUUUUGCUCACUGAACUCACAAAAAAUGCACCGAAUAUUGUGAUUGAAUCCAGUGCAAGAGAUCUCGCAAUGAAUCGGACCUUUGACCUCAUCGCGCCCCGUCUUCCAAGCUUCAGUGAAAAUGAGUGGAACCUGUGGUUCCUCGAUUUGCUAAGACCUUGUCUGGCAAGCUUCAACCCGUUGAUGCUCAUGAAUGUAACGUCGUUCAUAAACUGCACAAACUAUCGUGCUGUUGUGAAGGGGCUGAGCCAUGUUUACUCCACAACACCUCCGGAAAGACAAAGAGCAAAUGCUGCAGUUUUGCUCAACUUCUUGAAGGAUUCUGCCGGUGAAUUCAACACACCAGCUUGCAGGAAAGGAAUUCAGAACGAUGCAGAAUUUCUUGAGAAAAACCUGGGCUCAUUUGUAGAGCAGGCUACCUUCACAGACCUGGAAGCUUUCAACAUCUCCAUCACUGGUGCCAUUUCACAGCUCCGUCCUUCUCAGUUGGCACAAGUUCUACAGAGCUCAGGGAACAUCAAUAAUACAGACACAGUCAGGCUCGUAUUUGACCGGCUCGAGCAGGGCAAUGGCUUUGAAAAUGUGGAGGUUUUGCUCACUGAACUCACAAAAAAUGCACCGAAUAUUGUGAUUGAAUCCAGUGCAAGAGAUCUCGCAAUGAAUCGGACCUUUGACCUCAUCGCGCCCCGUCUUCCAAGCUUCAGUGAAAAUGAGUGGAACCGGUGGUUCCUCGAUUUGCUAAGACCUUGUCUGGCAAGCUUCAACCCGUUGAUGCUCAUGAAUGUAACGUCGUUCAUAAACUGCACAAACUAUCGUGCUGUUGUGAGGGGGCUGAGCCAUGUUUACUCCACAACACCUCCGGAAAGACAAAGAGCAAAUGCUGCCGUUUUGCUCAACUUCUUGAAGGAUUCUGCCGGAGAAUUCAACACACCAGCUUGCAGGAAAGGAAUUCAGAACGAUGCAGAAUUUCUUGAGAAAAACCUGGGCUCAUUUGUAGAGCAGGCUACCUUCACAGACCUGAAAGCUUUCAACGUCUCCAUCAUGGAAGUUCUGGACCGUCUCACACCGCAGCAAAAGGCUGAGUUACUUGUGGAUCCAGACACUGGUGCUUUGGAGAAUGAGACCUUCAUAAAGGUGGUGUGCAACACGUUCUUGGAUUCCUCAGACACUGACCCGCUCAGUCAGUUCAUCCAGGCCUUUUUCAGACAAAUCCCCAGGAACGCUGACUGUCCAUCAUACACUGCCAUAGUCAAUGGUCUUCAGCAGUGCUUCAAAUUGAAUCUUCCAGAGAGUGUGAAAUCAAGCAUAGGAAGCCUCCAAAUGAAAUUCCUACGUUGUCGCAUUACAGGUUCUCUGAGGUGCAACAACACAGCAGUUAACGUGAGUCAUAUCUGUGCUGACGUCAGCGGGUCACAACAAAUCCAAUCUGGUGGCAACUUGACAGAAGCCCUGUGCAAUAUUUCCAUCACUGCACACGCCUGUUCCUCAGCUACACAUCUCACACCCAGCAACGUUGCGACACUGUUGAACUGUUCGCUGCAAAGCCAAAUGACAUACUCCCCAGAGGUCUGGAAGCUUUUCAUCCGAGAAGCUUCUCCUGUGCUGGAUGAGGCUCUUACCAUGUACUCUGCUAUGGCUCCCAACACCAGCAGUCAGUCCUUGACCCCCAUUCUUGAGGCUGUUGGAGAGGUGAUAAUUGCCAACUUCAGCCAGAUGCAAGUGCAAGAUGAUGCCUUUGUCAAGAGAUGGUUUGAGACAAACCUUCAUCCAUUUUUGGCUGCUUCAUCACCCAACUUCCUGUUUUGUCUCAGCUCGACAAACUUCAGCUGCCAAACGUACCACACUGUCAUCCGGGCAUUCAGCAGAGUCCAACCAUCCAUGAAGAGAGAGACACAGAAAUCAGUCUUGACUCAUUUCAUCCAGCCGUUCCUUGUGAAAAAUGACUCAUCAGAUCCUGGCUGUGUCUCAGCCAGCAGUGGUACUAAAGAGUGGCUCCAGGAUAACUUUGGUAGCUUCUCUGAAUUUGCAGAUCUGCAGGAUUUGCAAACCCUCAAUCCCAAUUUUUCUGUUACUGACUCCAUUUCACAGCUCCGUCCUUCUCAGUUGGCACAAGUUCUACAGAGCUCAGGGAACAUCAAUAAUACAGACACAGUCAGGCUCGUAUUUGACCGGCUCGAGCAGGCCGAUGGCUUUGAAAAUGUGGAGGUUUUGCUCACUGAACUCACAGACAAUGCACCGAAUAUUGUGAUUGAGUCCAGUGCAAGAGAUCUCGCAAUGAAUCGGACCUUUGACCUCAUCGCGCCCCGUCUUCCAAGCUUCAGUGAAAAUGAGUGGAACCGGUGGUUCCUCGAUUUGCUAAGACCUUGUCUGGCAAGCUUCAACCCGUUGAUGCUCAUGAAUGUAACGUCGUUCAUAAACUGCACAAACUAUCGUGCUGUUGUGAAGGGGCUGAGCCAUGUUUACUCCACAACACCUCCGGAAAGACAAAGAGCAAAUGCUGCAGUUUUGCUCAACUUCUUGAAGGAUUCUGCCGGUGAAUUCAACACACCAGCUUGCAGGAAAGGAAUUCAGAACGAUGCAGAAUUUCUUGAGAAAAACCUGGGCUCAUUUGUAGAGCAGGCUACCUUCACAGACCUGGAAGCUUUCAACAUCUCCAUCACUGGUGCCAUUUCACAGCUCCGUCCUUCUCAGUUGGCACAAGUUCUACAGAGCUCAGGGAACAUCAAUAAUACAGACACAGUCAGGCUCGUAUUUGACCGGCUCGAGCAGGGCGAUGGCUUUGAAAAUGUGGAGGUUUUGCUCACUGAACUCACAAAAAAUGCACCGAAUAUUGUGAUUGAAUCCAGUGCAAGAGAUCUCGCAAUGAAUCGGACCUUUGACCUCAUCGCGCCCCGUCUUCCAAGCUUCAGUGAAAAUGAGUGGAACCUGUGGUUCCUCGAUUUGCUAAGACCUUGUCUGGCAAGCUUCAACCCGUUGAUGCUCAUGAAUGUAACGUCGUUCAUAAACUGCACAAACUAUCGUGCUGUUGUGAAGGGGCUGAGCCAUGUUUACUCCACAACACCUCCGGAAAGACAAAGAGCAAAUGCUGCAGUUUUGCUCAACUUCUUGAAGGAUUCUGCCGGUGAAUUCAACACACCAGCUUGCAGGAAAGGAAUUCAGAACGAUGCAGAAUUUCUUGAGAAAAACCUGGGCUCAUUUGUAGAGCAGGCUACCUUCACAGACCUGGAAGCUUUCAACAUCUCCAUCACUGGUGCCAUUUCACAGCUCCGUCCUUCUCAGUUGGCACAAGUUCUACAGAGCUCAGGGAACAUCAAUAAUACAGACACAGUCAGGCUCGUAUUUGACCGGCUCGAGCAGGGCGAUGGCUUUGAAAAUGUGGAGGUUUUGCUCACUGAACUCACAAAAAAUGCACCGAAUAUUGUGAUUGAAUCCAGUGCAAGAGAUCUCGCAAUGAAUCGGACCUUUGACCUCAUCGCGCCCCGUCUUCCAAGCUUCAGUGAAAAUGAGUGGAACCGGUGGUUCCUCGAUUUGCUAAGACCUUGUCUGGCAAGCUUCAACCCGUUGAUGCUCAUGAAUGUAACGUCGUUCAUAAACUGCACAAACUAUCGUGCUGUUGUGAGGGGGCUGAGCCAUGUUUACUCCACAACACCUCCGGAAAGACAAAGAGCAAAUGCUGCCGUUUUGCUCAACUUCUUGAAGGAUUCUGCCGGAGAAUUCAACACACCAGCUUGCAGGAAAGGAAUUCAGAACGAUGCAGAAUUUCUUGAGAAAAACCUGGGCUCAUUUGUAGAGCAGGCUACCUUCACAGACCUGAAAGCUUUCAACGUCUCCAUCAUGGAAGUUCUGGACCGUCUCACACCGCAGCAAAAGGCUGAGUUACUUGUGGAUCCAGACACUGGUGCUUUGGAGAAUGAGACCUUCAUAAAGGUGGUGUGCAACACGUUCUUGGAUUCCUCAGACACUGACCCGCUCAGUCAGUUCAUCCAGGCCUUUUUCAGACAAAUCCCCAGGAACGCUGACUGUCCAUCAUACACUGCCAUAGUCAAUGGUCUUCAGCAGUGCUUCAAAUUGAAUCUUCCAGAGAGUGUGAAAUCAAGCAUAGGAAGCCUCCAAAUGAAAUUCCUACGUUGUCGCAUUACAGGUUCUCUGAGGUGCAACAACACAGCAGUUAACGUGAGUCAUAUCUGUGCUGACGUCAGCGGGUCACAACAAAUCCAAUCUGGUGGCAACUUGACAGAAGCCCUGUGCAAUAUUUCCAUCACUGCACACGCCUGUUCCUCAGCUACACAUCUCACACCCAGCAACGUUGCGACACUGUUGAACUGUUCGCUGCAAAGCCAAAUGACAUACUCCCCAGAGGUCUGGAAGCUUUUCAUCCGAGAAGCUUCUCCUGUGCUGGAUGAGGCUCUUACCAUGUACUCUGCUAUGGCUCCCAACACCAGCAGUCAGUCCUUGACCCCCAUUCUUGAGGCUGUUGGAGAGGUGAUAAUUGCCAACUUCAGCCAGAUGCAAGUGCAAGAUGAUGCCUUUGUCAAGAGAUGGUUUGAGACAAACCUUCAUCCAUUUUUGGCUGCUUCAUCACCCAACUUCCUGUUUUGUCUCAGCUCGACAAACUUCAGCUGCCAAACGUACCACACUGUCAUCCGGGCAUUCAGCAGAGUCCAACCAUCCAUGAAGAGAGAGACACAGAAAUCAGUCUUGACUCAUUUCAUCCAGCCGUUCCUUGUGAAAAAUGACUCAUCAGAUCCUGGCUGUGUCUCAGCCAGCAGUGGUACUAAAGAGUGGCUCCAGGAUAACUUUGGUAGCUUCUCUGAAUUUGCAGAUCUGCAGGAUUUGCAAACCCUCAAUCCCAAUUUUUCUGUUACUGACUCCAUUUCACAGCUCCGUCCUUCUCAGUUGGCACAAGUUCUACAGAGCUCAGGGAACAUCAAUAAUACAGACACAGUCAGGCUCGUAUUUGACCGGCUCGAGCAGGCCGAUGGCUUUGAAAAUGUGGAGGUUUUGCUCACUGAACUCACAGACAAUGCACCGAAUAUUGUGAUUGAGUCCAGUGCAAGAGAUCUCGCAAUGAAUCGGACCUUUGACCUCAUCGCGCCCCGUCUUCCAAGCUUCAGUGAAAAUGAGUGGAACCGGUGGUUCCUCGAUUUGCUAAGACCUUGUCUGGCAAGCUUCAACCCGUUGAUGCUCAUGAAUGUAACGUCGUUCAUAAACUGCACAAACUAUCGUGCUGUUGUGAAGGGGCUGAGCCAUGUUUACUCCACAACACCUCCGGAAAGACAAAGAGCAAAUGCUGCAGUUUUGCUCAACUUCUUGAAGGAUUCUGCCAGUGAAUUCAACACACCAGCUUGCAGGAAAGGAAUUCAGAACGAUGCAGAAUUUCUUGAGAAAAACCUGGGCUCAUUUGUAGAGCAGGCUACCUUCACAGACCUGAAAGCUUUCAACAUCUCCAUCACGGAAGUUCUGGACCGUCUCACACCGCAGCAAAAGGCUGAGUUACUUGUGGAUCCAGACACUGGUGCUUUGGAGAAUGAGACCUUCAUAAAGGUGGUGUGCAACACGUUCUUGGAUUCCUCAGACACUGACCCGCUCAGUCAGUUCAUCCAGGCCUUUUUCAGACAAAUCCCCAGGAACGCUGACUGUCCAUCAUACACUGCCAUAGUCAAUGGUCUUCAGCAGUGCUUCAAAUUGAAUCUUCCAGAGAGUGUGAAAUCAAGCAUAGGAAGCCUCCAAAUGAAAUUCCUACGUUGUCGCAUUACAGGUUCUCUGAGGUGCAACAACACAGCAGUUAACGUGAGUCAUAUCUGUGCUGACGUCAGCGGGUCACAACAAAUCCAAUCUGGUGGCAACUUGACAGAAGCCCUGUGCAAUAUUUCCAUCACUGCACACGCCUGUUCCUCAGCUACACAUCUCACACCCAGCAACGUGGCGACACUGUUGAACUGUUCGCUGCAAAGCCAAAUGACAUACUCCCCAGAGGUCUGGAAGCUUUUCAUCCGAGAAGCUUCUCCUGUGCUGGAUGAGGCUCUUACCAUGUACUCUGCUAUGGCUCCCAACACCAGCAGUCAGUCCUUGACCCCCAUUCUUGAGGCUGUUGGAGAGGUGAUAAUUGCCAACUUCAGCCAGAUGCAAGUGCAAGAUGAUGCCUUUGUCAAGAGAUGGUUUGAGACAAACCUUCAUCCAUUUUUGGCUGCUUCAUCACCCAACUUCCUGUUUUGUCUCAGCUCGACAAACUUCAGCUGCCAAACGUACCACACUGUCAUCCGGGCAUUCAGCAGAGUCCAACCAUCCAUGAAGAGAGAGACACAGAAAUCAGUCUUGACUCAUUUCAUCCAGCCGUUCCUUGUGAAAAAUGACUCAUCAGAUCCUGGCUGUGUCUCAGCCAGCAGUGGUACUAAAGAGUGGCUCCAGGAUAACUUUGGUAGCUUCUCUGAAUUUGCAGAUCUGCAGGAUUUGCAAACCCUCAAUCCAAAUUUUUCUGUUACUGACUCCAUUUCACAGCUCCGUCCUUCUCAGUUGGCACAAGUUCUACAGAGCUCAGGGAACAUCAAUAAUACAGACACAGUCAGGCUCGUAUUUGACCGGCUUGAGCAGGGCAAUGGCUUUGAAAAUGUGGAGGUUUUGCUCACUGAACUCACAGACAAUGCACCGAAUAUUGUGAUUGAGUCCAGUGCAAGAGAUCUCGCAAUGAAUCGGACCUUUGACCUCAUCGCGCCCCGUCUUCCAAGCUUCAGUGAAAAUGAGUGGAACUGGUGGUUCCUCGAUUUGCUAAGACCUUGUCUGGCAAGCUUCAACCCGUUGAUGCUCAUGAAUGUAACGUCGUUCAUAAACUGCACAAACUAUCGUGCUGUUGUGAAGGGGCUGAGCCAUGUUUACUCCACAACACCUCCGGAAAGACAAAGAGCAAAUGCUGCAGUUUUGCUCAACUUCUUGAAGGAUUCUGCCGGUGAAUUCAACACACCAGCUUGCAGGAAAGGAAUUCAGAAUGAUGCAGAAUUUCUUGAGAAAAACCUGGGCUCAUUUGUAGAGCAGGCUACCUUCACAGACCUGGAAGCUUUCAACAUCUCCAUCACUGGUGCCAUUUCACAGCUCCGUCCUUCUCAGUUGGCACAAGUUCUACAGAGCUCAGGGAACAUCAAUAAUACAGACACAGUCAGGCUCGUAUUUGACCGGCUCGAGCAGGGCAAUGGCUUUGAAAAUGUGGAGGUUUUGCUCACUGAACUCACAAAAAAUGCACCGAAUAUUGUGAUUGAAUCCAGUGCAAGAGAUCUCGCAAUGAAUCGGACCUUUGACCUCAUCGCGCCCCGUCUUCCAAGCUUCAGUGAAAAUGAGUGGAACCGGUGGUUCCUCGAUUUGCUAAGACCUUGUCUGGCAAGCUUCAACCCGUUGAUGCUCAUGAAUGUAACGUUGUUCAUAAACUGCACAAACUAUCGUGCUGUUGUGAAGGGGCUGAGCCAUGUUUACUCCACAACACCUCCGGAAAGACAAAGAGCAAAUGCUGCAGUUUUGCUCAACUUCUUGAAGGAUUCUGCCGGUGAAUUCAACACACCAGCUUGCAGGAAAGGAAUUCAGAACGAUGCAGAAUUUCUUGAGAAAAACCUGGGCUCAUUUGUAGAGCAGGCUACCUUCACAGACCUGGAAGCUUUCAACAUCUCCAUCACUGGUGCCAUUUCACAGCUCCGUCCUUCUCAGUUGGCACAAGUUCUACAGAGCUCAGGGAACAUCAAUAAUACAGACACAGUCAGGCUCGUAUUUGACCGGCUCGAGCAGGGCGAUGGCUUUGAAAAUGUGGAGGUUUUGCUCACUGAACUCACAAAAAAUGCACCGAAUAUUGUGAUUGAAUCCAGUGCAAGAGAUCUCGCAAUGAAUCGGACCUUUGACCUCAUCGCGCCCCGUCUUCCAAGCUUCAGUGAAAAUGAGUGGAACCGGUGGUUCCUCGAUUUGCUAAGACCUUGUCUGGCAAGCUUCAACCCGUUGAUGCUCAUGAAUGUAACGUCGUUCAUAAACUGCACAAACUAUCGUGCUGUUGUGAAGGGGCUGAGCCAUGUUUACUCCACAACACCUCCGGAAAGACAAAGAGCAAAUGCUGCAGUUUUGCUCAACUUCUUGAAGGAUUCUGCCGGAGAAUUCAACACACCAGCUUGCAGGAAAGGAAUUCAGAAUGAUGCAGAAUUUCUUGAGAAAAACCUGGGCUCAUUUGUAGAGCAGGCUACCUUCACAGACCUGGAAGCUUUCAACAUCUCCAUCACUGGUGCCAUUUCACAGCUCCGUCCUUCUCAGUUGGCACAAGUUCUACAGAGCUCAGGGAACAUCAAUAAUACAGACACAGUCAGGCUCGUAUUUGACCGGCUCGAGCAGGGCGAUGGCUUUGAAAAUGUGGAGGUUUUGCUCACUGAACUCACAAAAAAUGCACCGAAUAUUGUGAUUGAAUCCAGUGCAAGAGAUCUCGCAAUGAAUCGGACCUUUGACCUCAUCGCGCCCCGUCUUCCAAGCUUCAGUGAAAAUGAGUGGAACCGGUGGUUCCUCGAUUUGCUAAGACCUUGUCUGGCAAGCUUCAACCCGUUGAUGCUCAUGAAUGUAACGUCGUUCAUAAACUGCACAAACUAUCGUGCUGUUGUGAGGGGGCUGAGCCAUGUUUACUCCACAACACCUCCGGAAAGACAAAGAGCAAAUGCUGCCGUUUUGCUCAACUUCUUGAAGGAUUCUGCCGGAGAAUUCAACACACCAGCUUGCAGGAAAGGAAUUCAGAACGAUGCAGAAUUUCUUGAGAAAAACCUGGGCUCAUUUGUAGAGCAGGCUACCUUCACAGACCUGAAAGCUUUCAACGUCUCCAUCAUGGAAGUUCUGGACCGUCUCACACCGCAGCAAAAGGCUGAGUUACUUGUGGAUCCAGACACUGGUGCUUUGGAGAAUGAGACCUUCAUAAAGGUGGUGUGCAACACGUUCUUGGAUUCCUCAGACACUGACCCGCUCAGUCAGUUCAUCCAGGCCUUUUUCAGACAAAUCCCCAGGAACGCUGACUGUCCAUCAUACACUGCCAUAGUCAAUGGUCUUCAGCAGUGCUUCAAAUUGAAUCUUCCAGAGAGUGUGAAAUCAAGCAUAGGAAGCCUCCAAAUGAAAUUCCUACGUUGUCGCAUUACAGGUUCUCUGAGGUGCAACAACACAGCAGUUAACGUGAGUCAUAUCUGUGCUGACGUCAGCGGGUCACAACAAAUCCAAUCUGGUGGCAACUUGACAGAAGCCCUGUGCAAUAUUUCCAUCACUGCACACGCCUGUUCCUCAGCUACACAUCUCACACCCAGCAACGUUGCGACACUGUUGAACUGUUCGCUGCAAAGCCAAAUGACAUACUCCCCAGAGGUCUGGAAGCUUUUCAUCCGAGAAGCUUCUCCUGUGCUGGAUGAGGCUCUUACCAUGUACUCUGCUAUGGCUCCCAACACCAGCAGUCAGUCCUUGACCCCCAUUCUUGAGGCUGUUGGAGAGGUGAUAAUUGCCAACUUCAGCCAGAUGCAAGUGCAAGAUGAUGCCUUUGUCAAGAGAUGGUUUGAGACAAACCUUCAUCCAUUUUUGGCUGCUUCAUCACCCAACUUCCUGUUUUGUCUCAGCUCGACAAACUUCAGCUGCCAAACGUACCACACUGUCAUCCGGGCAUUCAGCAGAGUCCAACCAUCCAUGAAGAGAGAGACACAGAAAUCAGUCUUGACUCAUUUCAUCCAGCCGUUCCUUGUGAAAAAUGACUCAUCAGAUCCUGGCUGUGUCUCAGCCAGCAGUGGUACUAAAGAGUGGCUCCAGGAUAACUUUGGUAGCUUCUCUGAAUUUGCAGAUCUGCAGGAUUUGCAAACCCUCAAUCCCAAUUUUUCUGUUACUGACUCCAUUUCACAGCUCCGUCCUUCUCAGUUGGCACAAGUUCUACAGAGCUCAGGGAACAUCAAUAAUACAGACACAGUCAGGCUCGUAUUUGACCGGCUCGAGCAGGGCCGAUGGCUUUGA